CGCUGCCCAGUCGCCCUCGGGAAGAUUCGGUCUCCCGUGCCCGCUGCUGAAGACCCUGCCGGGUCUGGGCGAGGACGACCCGAAGAAGUUCACGGGCAAACUCCGCGGGAUCCCUGUCCUGAAAGGCUAUGCCCAUUUCCCCGAAGCGUAUCCUGCUUGGCGCCUUACAGACCUGUUGAUCAGCUCCCACACUGCGUCCUGGACGGGAUGGCCGAUGCACCGAGGGACAUCGAUGGCAAGGACGAGGCGAGCAGCCUGGUCCUCUCCUUCACCAGGCCAGUGAGAAGAGCAUGGCCUUCACAUACCUUUCUACUGAACACUCUGAAAAUAUUGAAGGAGUCUGAGCUAAAGAAGUUCAAGGGCAAACUCCACCAUUUCCCCAUCAAGAAGCGCUUUGUGAAUAUUUCAAAGGAGUUGCUGGAGGAAGCAAGUGUUUCGCACCUCAGCCAGCUGCUCCUCGUCUACUAUGGCCCGGAUUAUGCCUUGGAAGUGACGGCCAGAGUUCUGAAAGCGAUCAACUGUGAGCUGCAGGCAGACAGGGAAGAUGACCUGGUCAUGCCCGCUGAUGUGGACAGAGUGCAGAGAGAGGUGGGAAAGAAACGAGUGUGGCCACUGGAAGGAGUCGCAAUCUCUGCUAAGAAGAUUAUCUGCAAGGGAAGGAAAGAAUUAACUGAGAUUCUUGGAAGGGACAUUUUACAUGUGUUAUACUCUCGCUAUAUUAUCACACGGAAAGAAUUCUGGGACUUGCUGGAAGCAGAGGAAGACUCCAAGGAGAAAAGUAAAAAAUUGCUGCGUAUGAUCCAGGAAAGGGGGGAGCAAGCUUGUUGCCAGUUCCUUGAAUGUGUAGAAAUGGAACAUCUGGGUUCCAUCCAGAAUCUGCUGCUUGCAAUACAUGGCUCGGGGCAAGAUCCAGUCCAGACUUCUGGCCACUCAGGGCUACAGUUAGAAUCCCCCCUGUUUGCAGAGGAAGGAGGAAGCACAAAGAUGGAAAACCCGGCAGGUUCUGGGGAAAGUAGCCGGGGUAGCUGGUGCCUCAGUGAGGAGCUUCCAGAAAAAAUCAAACCAGACAUUGUUUGGGACUCAGAAGGGGGUCACAAAAAAUACAGAGUGAGCUCCACAAAGGCUGGCUCCUUCUCUUGUUUAGAUACGGAUCUCAUAUGUGAGGUGAGAGAAGCUGUGACCUUAACAUACUACUUUGAUUCGUGGCUGGAGCUCCUGGAAGUACAGAACACUGAGGAGUUGCAUGUCGCUGGCCCUCUGCUCAACAUUCAAGUGGAUGUAGUGGAGGCUGUGACAGCCAUUCACAUCCCUCACUUCCUGUCUCUUUCAGCUGAAGACCAUUCCAGGGUCUACAUUGCGCAUUUUAUCAAAGGGGAGAUGAAUCUGGAGAAGCCAGACCGAGUGGAGCCUCAUCACGUUGUGCUGGAAAACCCCAAGUUCUCUUCCCUUGGAAUCAUUUUCAAAAAGAUGUUUAAUCAAAAGAUCAACACUGUGGCAAGGCUCUAUCAGAGACUUCGAUUCAAAAUGCCAAUAUUCCACCUAUACCUCUUACCCAAUGACCCCUCCCUGAUAAAGGCUGUGGAUGAGCACGAAGCAAAUUGCCAUUCACGGAGAAUAGAGAAACCCCCUGGGACCCUGAAAAGUCUGAAGAUUGGCACUCCCGUCUUUGUGCAGACCUUAGACGACGUCACAAUCUGGCCUGAGGAAGUGAAGCUUCAAUACCUGGAUGCUGAGAAGCUGCAGCAGUACGUGGAGCUGUCUGCUGAGCAAAUGCAAGAGAAGUUCAGCUUCACGCUGGUGGAGAAGCACACAAAUAAACUCAUCUGGAAGGCCCAUGUGAAACGAGAAGAGUUAGAUCCAGGUCAGAUGAAUUCCUCUAUUCUACGCCCAGUACAAGGUGAUUGUGGCUACUCACUGCCCCAUACACCAUGCCAGAGAACUGACUCAGGCCGUGAUGCAGAAGGCAGGGCAAUGGAGAAGACCAUCGCAGACUGCCUGAUGUCCACGCUGGAGAACUUGCGGGAGGACGAACUCAAGAGAUUCAAGCUCAAGCUCAACGAGUUCCCCCUCAGGGAGGGCUAUGACAACAUCCCCCUAGGGACACUGGAGAAGGCAGAUGUGGUGGACUUAAGCCAGCACCUUCUGAGUUUCUACCUGGAAGAUUAUGCUGUGCAGGUGACGGCCGAGGUCCUCAGAGCCAUCAACUGCAGAAACGAGGCACAGAGGCUCCUUGCCCUCACCGGGAAGGAGUAAGGAAAAAGGAAUGCCGUCUCAUGGAACUCACCAUGAGUUAAGGGGAAAGGACUGUCAUUUUCCUCAGCCCUCUGCAAAUGGAGGGAGAUUGAUUCUGAUCCUCUUUUCAUGGGAGUCAUGAGGGUGGAAGUGGUAGUUUAAAUGCAUGCAGAAUCUUGUUCAGUUAUGUAUCUGCGUUUGCAAAGCACAGGAAAUUUAGGUUGCUAGGCCGUUUAAAUAUCCCAGUAUUAGGCACUGACAAUGUGCUCUCCCAUCUCUACCCCUCUGGCAAUGAAUUGGACCACAUGUUGCACAAGUUUUAAAAGGUUUACUACUUCCAUAAUACAAGGUCUUAGUCACAGAUCUGAGCGCCACAGCAAAAGCAAUGCAGGUAGACAAAUUAACUGAGUACAAAAUUACAAAGUCAGUUCCAAAAUGGAGUCUGGGUUCAGGAAGGAGCUCAGACACGUGUUCUCUGAUCUAUGUUCCACAAAGGAGAGGGAGAGAGAGAGAGAGAGAGAGAGAGAGAGAGAGAGGAAUAGGAAGAAAGCUUUCGUUACGGAAAAAUCUAGGUGCGAGGCUGCUCAGUCACCCAGCUCGUCUCUCAGGAGGAGUGACGUCACGGAGCCUUCUCUAGGCAAUUAAGAAACUGUGAGGUUUUUAAGCCCUCCAUUCAAAAUGCUGGGCUGCAAAAAUCUUCCACAAUGCCUCCAUCGUUGUCUUUUUUUGUCCCUGCAGCCGGAAACCCUUUCUAUACCAACACGUCUAAAUACAACAAUUGUAACCUUGGGGUGUUCAGUCUGUAUGAUGCUCGAGCCCAGUGUAAUUCCUGGGGUCCUGGAUCCAGCGAGGAUUAAAAUGUAAUGGAGGAUUCAAUUCCAUUGCUGAACUAGUCAGGCAUGUUUUUUUGUGAUAGAACUGGCCAUGGCUCCCACCUAAGGACCAUCAUUCUUAGUAUAACAAAAGAAGUGAUGGUGCCUUCUGGGCAAAUGGAUUGGGGUGGCAUGCAGCAACAACAUUUUUGAUGAUGUCACACAUACAGAUUAAUACAUAUUUUUAACUGCCGCUAUAUCUGAAUUGUCUGUUAUACCUAACUGUGAUUCAAUGUAUUCCUGUUGUGUUUUAUGAUUUUCCUGAUACUGUAAGUGAGCCGGAACUGGUCUGUGACUGUAAUAAUAAAAUUCAUUCAUUCA